AUGUCAGAUGCUACAGUUAGUAAACCAGGUGUGACAGUUUUAGCAUCAAAAAUCUCAAAAAUAUAUGUGGAAGAAAUCACUUCCAAGGUAAAAGCCAUUCAGAAUAUUAGACCCCAUGGUCCACUUCUAGUAGGAUUUCUAGCCAAUGAUGAUCCUGCAGCUGAGAUGUAUGCAUCUUGGACUAAGAAAACUAGUGAAGACAUGGGAUUUCGUUAUGAAUUAAGAAGGAUUGAUGAGAAGGAUUUUCUCGAAGAAGCCAUUAUUGAAGCCAAUAGAGAUCCUCAAGUCGAUGGUAUAAUGGUUUACUAUCCGGUAUUUGGUAAUGCACAGGAUCAAUAUUUACAGCAAGUGGUAGCUAAGGAGAAAGAUGUGGAAGGUAUGAAUCACGUUUACUACCAAAACAUGUACCAUAACAUCAGAUAUUUGGAUUCUGAAAAUACAUUAAAAUCAAUACUACCAUGCACACCACUGGCAGUUGUCAAAAUUUUAGAAUACUUGAAAGUGUACAACAAUCUUUUACCACAAGGUAACAGACUUUAUGGUAAAAAAUGUGUGGUUGUCAAUAGAUCGGAAAUUGUGGGUAGACCGCUAGCGGCUCUGCUGGCGAAUGACGGUGCAGUCGUCUAUUCUGUCGAUAUUGACAACAUUCAAAAAUUUACUCGUGGUGAAGGUCUUAAAUUUAAAAAGCACCAUGUGGAAGAUUUGGGAGCAUUUUCCAAGGAUCUUUUGAAACAGUGUUGUUCAGAAGCAGACGUGAUCAUUACCGGUGUACCUUCAGAAUCUUACAAGUUUCCUACCGAAUGUAUUAAGGAAGGUGCAGUCUGCAUAAAUUUCUCAUCUAAUAAGAAUUUUGAUGAAACUGUCAAAAGCAAAGCUUCGCUGUACGUGCCCAUGACUGGUAAGGUUACGAUUUCCAUGCUUCUAAGAAACAUGCUGAGAUUAAUCGAAAACAGUGAGAAAUUCAAGAAUCCAUGA